AUGUCCGCUCCCCAAGUGCCUCGUGGCCCUCCAGAAGAGAGGAAGGCGGCUGUCCCCGUCGUCUCAGUUCCAUUGGAGGAAGAAAGUAUAUCUGCUGAGGAUGAGCCAGUUCAGAAAGUGAUCCCAUGGACCUACAAAUGGAUUGCAUUAGCAUGUGUUGUUGCCUUUCCCAUCGGACAAAACUGGACCAACGCCAGCCUAGGUCCUCUCAAGAACACACUCCGCCAGGAACUAGGCAUCACAAAUGCCCAGUUCGGAGUGAUUGCCAGCGCUGAUUCAUUUGUCAACUCUAUUUUCCCGAUUUUGGGGGGCAUGAUCCUUGACUGGAGGGGGCCCAACCCUGUCACCAUCUGCUGUACAGUCGUCAUUUUUCUCGGCUCGGUUGUUGCUGCUGCCUCCAUCCAUAUCUCGGCUUGGCGUAUGCUCGUCGCUGGUCACGUCAUCAUGGGUUUUGGCAUUGCCAUUCUUGAUCAAGCCCAGCAGAAGUUCAUUUAUCAUUGGUUUGGUGCUGGAGGUCUAGCAUUUGCCUUUGGUCUUGAGAAUGCCAUAUCUGGUGUUGUUGGUCUCGUUGCCGGCAUGGUUGCCAUCCCCAUCCGUGACAGUACUGGCUGGUAUGGCUGGACGUUCUGGGUGCCGGCUUUCUUCUGCUGCGCCAGUAUGUUGAUCAAUAUUGCCUACGUCUUUUUCGAGCAUGUUUUUAUCCCCAAACAGUACCGUUUGACGUCUGCCAGGGCCAAAGCUGUUGCAAAAAGUCAUGGCCUUAACGUCAAACGCACAUUCUCCUGGGACUCGCUUUUGAAACUCCCCUGGCAGUAUCUGAUGCUUCCCGGAACUCAGAUUCUGCAGAGUGGUGGCGCCAAUGGUUUCGGUGUUUCGGCGGCAGAUAUGAUCCGGAUGAAGGGAUACAAAGAGGACACUGCCGGCUUCAUGACUACAGGUCAGAAGGUGAUUCGGAUAGUGGGAGCCCCUGUUGUCGGCUGGCUCAUCGAUAGAUAUGGCCAUCGAUUCCACCUUGUCGCCCUCGCACCCCUCUUCUAUGUUCUUGCGAACUCCCUCAUCGGCUUCACGAGCGCCCAUCCACUUGUGGCACUUGUGAUGCAGUCAAUCGCAGGUCUGAUCAAUGGUAUGCCUCUAAACGUUAGCAUUCCCCUACUAGUUGCCGACCAGGACAAGUUGGGGACUGCUUUUGGUGUCUGGAGGGCCUUCAACAAUUCUGGUGCUACAAUUAUGGAAGUUGUAUAUGGUGUGGUUCAGGACGGCACAGAAGCAAUGGGUUAUGGCCGAGUCUUGAUCAUUUCGUCAUGCAUCAAAGCUGUCGGUUUCUUUAUCGGUAUUACGUAUAUCAUUGUCGACUUCAAAAAGCUUGGAAAGGGUAUCACCAUGACGCGAUCCCAGCGAGAGGCGCGGGAGUCUGAGAUUGAGGACAGAGACGCCGAUCCACUUACGAGGAGAAGACCGGUUAAGGCAUGGACAAUAUACGUUAUGUGUGCUCUGGUGGCUAUGGUUGCAACUGGGUGGACUCUAUUCAUCAAGUAUCUCAGCUAG